AUGUCUCUGCGAUCACUCUCCCAGAAACCUCCUCAGAUGUGCAUUAAAAUAGAAGCAAAGCCCUUCCUCACCCGCUACCUGCUGGGGCCGCACAAGAACCUCACCCAGAGCCAGGUGUUCAACGAGAUCUACCCGGUGUGGACCUAUUCCUACCUGGUGCUGCUGUUCCCGGUGUUCCUGGCCACCGACUAUCUCCGGUACAAGCCCGUGGUGCUGCUGCAGGGCCUGAGCCUCAUCGUGACGUGGUUCAUGCUGCUCUACGCCCAGGGGCUGCUGGCCGUCCAGCUCCUCGAGUUCUUCUACGGCCUGGGCACCGCCACGGACGUCGCCUACUACGCCUACAUCUACAGCGUCGUCGACUUGAACCUGUACCGGAAAGUCACCAGUUACUGCCGGAGCGCCACCCUGGUGGGCUACACCGUGGGGUCGGUCUCCGGGCAGCUCCUUGUGUCGGUGGCAGGCUGGUCCCUCUUCAGCUUAAACGUUAUCUCCUUAACCUGCGUGUCCGUCGCCUUUGGUAUGGCCUGGUUUCUGCCAAUGCCCCAGAAAAGCCUUUUCUUUCACCAUGCCUCAAGUCAGCCAGUUGGCAGGGAAAUGAAGAUCAUAGACUGUAAAAAUGGAUCUGCUGUCCAAGAUCAUCCUGACAUGCGGAGGACACCCGGUUGGGAGGACGAGACAAAAGUUCCCUUAAACGUGGAGGGGCAAUCCUCACAGAGGCAGGAGCAGAAAGUAGACAUUUUAAAGGUGCUCAGAGACCUCUGGCAAGACUUCCUGCAGUGCUAUUCCUCGCGAACCAUGCUCUGCUGGUCUGUGUGGUGGGCACUGUCAACCUGUGGCUACUUCCAGGUCAUCAACUACGCUCAGGGCCUGUGGGAGAUGGUGCUGCCUUCUCACAGCUCGGAGAUCUACAAUGGUGGUGUGGAGGCAGUGUCCACGCUGCUAGGAGCUGUUGCAGUGUUUGUUGUGGGUCAUAUAAAAACAUCCUGGGCCAUGUGGGGUGAGGUGGCACUUGCGCUGUUCUCCUUUCUUAUUGCUGCUGCUGUAUAUAUCAUGGACACUGUUCGUAACAUCUGGGUGUGCUAUGCAUCAUAUGUUGUCUUCAGAAUUAUCUACAUGCUGCUGAUCACAAUAGCAACGUUCCAGAUUGCUACAAAUCUUAGUGUGGAACGGUAUGCCCUGGUAUUUGGGGUCAAUACUUUCAUUGCCUUAGCACUUCAGACCGUGCUCACUUUGAUUGUCGUGGAUGCCAGCGGGCUUGGGUUAGACAUCUUUACUCAGUUCAUGAUUUAUGCCUCUUAUUUUGCGGCUAUCUCUCUGGUGUUCUUGGGGAGUGGUAUCUACAAUAUUAUAAGGACUUACAGAAGACAAGAGCAGGUUCAAAGCAGAUCUCCUGAAAGCCAUUAGUGCACCAAGUGAAGACUUGCAGCAACUGUAUAUGAAGCGAUAGGUUUGUUUUUAAUCUCUGCCUUUACUUCCCAAGGCAGUCCCAUUAACUGUACUUGAUCUAUAUUUAUACUAUAUUAGUAUCACAUUUUAGAAGGUAUAUGUAUUAGCUCUUACAUAAGUAAGAACAAAUAUCUUCUUUCUAAAAUGCCUUUAGUUCUUCUGUUGCAUAUAUGGGAAGUGCAGCAGAGAACUGUAAAUUUUUUCAAAAAGUGAAAGCUCUGGGAGGUUUUGGUCUAAGCCUGUGCGUUUGGAGACUGCCACCAAAAAGGCACCUUCACAGUGAUGUGGUCAACUGCUACUGUUCUUUCUGUCAUUGAGAUGCUGCUGCAGGGCAGAAGCAAGGGUGUACCCCUAGGCCUCUCUGUGGAGAGCUCCAGGCCUGGCAUAGGAGAUGGCCUUAAGUGCAUGCUCUGCAGUGUGGCUUUUGUUGUGUCUGCCCCGUGAUGUUAGAUGUACCUUUCUGAGGACUAAUACCCUUUGAGACAUACACUUAUGUCUCUGCAUAUGCACAUACAUCCUUUAGCUGCUUGUACUAUUUCUGCUAUUCCCGUCUGCCAUCCUUACUGCCAGUUUUACCAUAGUUGAUCAUGGUACUUCACCUGCAAACUCAGCUUGGGGUGACUCGUGAUGCUGGUGAAUGGGUUAUCAGCAAUGCUGCUUGUGCUGUGAAGGCCUUUGCCCAAGGGACUGUAAAGCUGGAGGGGAAGCUCACAGGGAGUCUAACUAGACAAAACGUUCAUCCCGAGAACCCUUGGAUGUCCUCACCUUUGUCCUUUGGGACUCCAGAUUCCAGCAGUCAUAGGAGUUGCUAACUCAUAACCCUUGAGGCUGGGCUGUUUCAGUGAGAUGGUGGGUGUGAAUGUAGCACUGAGAAGGAAGGUGCAGGAUUUCAAGCUGUUCUUUAUAACCUUGGAGAAUUAUGACUGUGGUGACUGAAAAGACGCUGGUCGUUAUUGUAAUUAACAGGAUGAAUGCCUGAGAUUUUUCAAAACGUUGAUUUCUUAAUCUGUCACUUCCUUCCCUUUUAAAAUGCCUUGAUGCUUCUGGUGGAUCUCUAUCCACUAGCUCUACCUCCCCUUUCCACCUAAGGAGAAAAAUGGAUGUUUGGGGAGUAUUCUUUUUUAGGUUUAUUCUUUUUUUCUUUCUUUCUUUCUUUCUUUUUUUUUUCCCUCCAGUCAGAGCAAUGUAGGACUUACCUUAUACCUGUUUUUAGAAAUAACUUCUUUUUUCCAAAUCAUCUGAGCACUGGGAAGGAGUUGUUCUGAGCUCUGGCACCUGGUUAUGUGGGCACCAUGACCUGCACAGCAACAGAAAACCACAGUAUACUGUAGGCUGGCUAAUAGGCUGUCCCUGCUGCUAUGCAGCUCAUGGUGAGUUUAAGUGUGCAGGAGAAACGGCAAGGGAUAAGAUGCUAUGCAGCGUGCUUCCCCUUCAUGCCUUCUCCUCUGUGUGGUAGUUAAAGUUAAUUCCCGUCAGGGCCUGCAGAAGUAGCCUUGGUGUAUUGCUUGGUUUGUUUAAUGCUAUGGUGGCUUCAAGCACCUGGGCUGGAAAGGUUUUUCUCCCCUGGCUGGGACAGGUAUAGUUUACUCAUCACCUGUGUGAGCCUCGGCCUUUACUGCAUGAGGUGAAUGAUUAAUCAGUUUGGGAUGUGCUGCAUGGGGUCCAUGGAGUCCUUUCAGACUGGCUGCUCAGGGGAACACACUCCCCAAAACCUCACUGUGUUUGCAGCCUGGCUUGUAAAAUGUCUUGGGGCUCAGCUGUGUUGACAUUUAUACACGUAAACUUAACUGCCUUAUCCUGAAACAGAAACUUGAAACUACCCAUGUAUAUAUUCCUUUCUUUACCAUUUAAAAAAAUAAAUUUCUGAAGCAGUGAAACACUAGCUGAGCUGUCCUGGGAAAAGGAUAACAAGUGCAUGUCCUGUUCAUUGGGUUUCUUGGCCUGAUGGCAGUUACAACAAUAGGUUAGGAGUGGGCGUGUGGCACUUCUGUCAAAUAAGCAAAAGAAGCAGCUCAAUGUUAAUCACAUUUUUCACAUAGAACAGAUCUUUGAUGGGGAACAACUCAGCCUUUUAAAAGCAAGUCAAAAACUAACCAGUGAAUUACAGCAAUAACAAAAUGGUAUUUCUACUGAAGUCAUGAAAUUGUGGCAACUGUAAUACAGAGUGGCAUGCUACACUGUGUACGUAUUCGAGCCUAUUAAUGUAUGGAAGCUAAACCGGGACGUUGUCUAGGUUCUUAUGUUGUACUGUUGCUGUGAUGAUGAGGUGACUGUAGAGCCUAACUGGACCUGUAUACAGAGUGAUUUGAUGCUUAUGAAGUACCGUAAACAUGUUGGCAUUGUUGGUAGGACCCCUUCAGUUUGGUUCUG